CAAAAUUCUGAUAAUUUGGCAAUUCUCAUUUUAUUUGAAUUUACUUGAUUCGAAUAAUUGGGUUGGCUUCUAUGUCACGACAGAAUGCCACAUGAAAUUUCGCCCACACCCUGUGCAUGUGUGAGUUGACUCAGCAAAAAGAGUCAAAACAUCAGUUCAGCACCUCUUAGAUUAAAAGUCCUGCGUCCUCCAGACAAAUACAAAUCAAUCAAUUCUCAUAAAUAAAACCAGAAUGUUCCCUGCUUACGCUUACCUCUCAGGCUACGACAGGCACAAGAAGCUCAUAAACGACUACCUCCUUCUCAGCGGUAAAUCACUCGGCAGCCUCAAACGAGACACGUCCCGGGACAAGAACGAUCACGAUGUCAUCAGGGAAAAUCAUCGAUUCCUGUGGGAGGACGAGGACGUCCCAGACACGUGGGAAAAUCGUCUUGCCAAGAAGUAUUAUGACAAAUUGUUCAAGGAGUACUGUAUUUGCGACUUGACGUAUUACAAGCACAACAAGGUUGCUCUACGAUGGAGAACCGAGAAGGAAGUUGUCGUGGGAAAAGGACAGUUUGAGUGUGGAAACAAGAAAUGCUGUAUGAAGGAAGGAUUGAGGUCCUGGGAAGUCAAUUUCGGAUAUGAAGAGCAUGGGGAGAAGAAAAACGCAUUAGUCAAAUUGAGAUUAUGUCCGGACUGUUCAGAGAAGCUGAACUACAAAACGAAGAAACGAGAAGUCAAACGACAAAAGGCUCUGAAGAGAUUGGGAGUAGCCCCCGAAAAAUCCCAAGUGGGUUCAACGUCAAAUGAAGUUCCUGAGGCCACAAUUAAACUAGAAACCGAAGAAAAAGAUAACUCUGAGGAUCCCCAAGCAUCCCACCCAGAAGACUCUGACAUUUGGAAGGGAAAACCUGUGGAGGGAGUCGAGAAAACCCGAGAGGAAGAGUUUGAGGAGUACCUGGCUGAUCUUUUCCUAUAAACAAUUUUAUUCAUCAAAACAACUGAUUAACUUUCUUCCUCCAUCUACAAACUUACAUUACAUUAUAUUCAAUAUAUUAAUUUAUUCAAAAUAAAAGGUAUUUUCUAUACAAGUCCUGGGAUAUUGUAUAGUUCAAUACGAGAAUAAUGCACUUAAAAUUCAUUAUCUUCGCCGAGAAAUCACUGACUAAUCGUUGAUCUAGUUAUUGGUCGGAUAUAUUUUUUCUCCAAUUAACAUUGUACUACAAUUGGAUGAAAUUUUCGUGAUUAAACUCGUGUUUAUCCACAGAAAGUAACUAAAAAAUAUCUGUAACUUCAAUAAUUUCUUUUUACGUUUCAAUAAAGCACUGGAUUACUGUUAAUCCUAGAAAUUUCGUGAAAAAUUCUCAA